CCCUUUUUGUGUGCUUUUUUUUUUAUCAUGUUCAACCGACAAACUCCUCCCACAACAGGUGGUGACUAUAGUCGACUUGAACAACACGAUGAAGAAGACGAGGCCUUUUAUGAACAUCUUUUACUACAUCACCCCAACUCUGUUCUUGUUGCCAACCACCAUGGCGAGUGCAACGUUGUCCCUCCCUUAUCAAUACAGCACAUACACCACUCUCCUCCUCACUCGCCUCGAGCCUCUUUUAGUGCUACGCGUCGUUUCUUUCAAGACAAGCUACCUACUGUCUUUCGUAAAGAUAUGUGCUGUACAACCGCAUCAUUUUCUUCGUUGCCUGCGGUUAUCGUCGCCGACCUUCAGAGCGGAAACAUUCCCCUGAGAAAGCACGGCGAAGAAAGUCAGACAGGAACCGAUCAAGGCUGGACUAUUAUUCGCCGUCGUCGAUACAGAGGAAAACAUGGCAUCGGUGAGGCGCGGCAUCCAAAUGAUGUCUCCUCGCCUUCUUCUUCUGUCUUGAUAGAUGAAGAAAUUGAUCCUUCCGAUCAAGUCACUUGCUCAGUAUUUGUCAAAUGGCAACCUUUAGAAGAACAAGCAGAAUAUAGUAUGGCAGUAUCGCCUUUGCUUCAUGAACUGCCUCAUCAAAAAGAUAAAGACGAAAGGUCGUUUGAUGACCCUAUUCCAGUAACUGAAGAGAAAUUUAAAGAAAUCAUCAAAUCUGUUCAAGAAGCUAUUGAGAAUAACAUGCAGCCUACUCGUAUCAGCCAAGGCUCAAGCGGCUCUUAUUUCUGCAGAAAUAGUUCUGGCAAGAUUGUCGGUGUCUUUAAGCCUAAAAACGAAGAGCCUUAUGGCCGUUUAAAUCCCAAGUGGACAAAAUGGAUCCAUAGACAUCUUUUUCCUUGCUUUUUUGGUCGCUCUUGUCUUAUUCCUAACUUGGGCUAUCUUUCAGAAGCAGGUGCAUCUCUGAUUGAUAGGAAAUUAGGCACAAUGAUUGUGCCUUACACAGAUGUCAUUUAUAUGUCUUCCCCUAGUUUUCAUUAUGACUAUCUAGACAGAAGAUCGCAGCAUGGCCUUCCUCCCAAGAUUGGCAGUUUUCAAUGUUUCUUGACAGACUAUAAAGACGCCACUGUCUUUUUCAGAAAUCACCCGUAUCCUAUCAACACAGAACAUACAGAAAGCAUUAACAGAAAGUCAGUCUGGGCUGGCUGUCUAGGCAGAAAUGAAACAAUGCAAGACGAAUUUGAUGAAGAACAUCUCUUACCUGAAGAAGACGAUAGUGACCACACGCAUGUUACACCCAAUCACCAGCCUUCAAAAAAGCAUGAUUUUAGAUGGACAUAUCAGCUUCAACACCAAUUUUGUCGUGAGUUUGAGCAACUGGUUAUUUUGGACUACCUUAUACGUAACACAGACCGUGGAUUGGAUAAUUGGAUGAUCAAACACUGUCCAAGCCAAAGAGCUUGUUCUAGUAAAAGCAGUCUUUCUGCAGAUGAACCUACAUAUACCCCUCACAAGAUACCACUCAAGACAGGAGGCCAUAUCCAUGUUGCCGCUAUUGAUAAUGGCCUUGCCUUCCCUUAUAAACACCCUGAUCAAUGGCGUUCUUAUCCAUAUGGCUGGAGUACUAUGCAUGAAUCUCUUGUCAACCGUCCGUUUUCUGAAGCGACACGCAAACAAUUUUUGCCUAUCCUUUCAGACCCACUAUGGUGGCGCGAUACUGUAAGGGACAUGCGAGCCUUGUUUGAGUUGGAUGAUGAUUUUGACGAGAAAAUGUUUCAAAAGCAAAUGGCUGUACUUAAAGGACAAGGCUUCAAUAUCGUCAGAACCUUAAAAGACCCUCAUGCUGGGCCUAUAGAUUUAGUGACAAUGCAGCGAGUUGUCAUUAAUCAAGAAGAGAUUGUGAUUGAAUAUGAUGAACGAGCAUUAAGUCAUGUUGAUUCAACGCCUAUUGUGUCUGAUACCAAGCGAAAACAACAGAGGCCGAGAAAGUUGCGUACACAGAGAUCUACUUCAUUUGAUGUUAUUUCGACCACAAGUUCGCCAUUCAGAAAUAUCUUGGAAGAGCGCCAUGAGAACAGUGAAGAGGAUGAAGAAAGUGUGAGUUAUUUCUCUCCACCUCUUCCCCAUGCCACACGCACAACUCUAUCAGCACCCACACAACAACAACAACAACAACAACAAAAGAGACCUCGUUGGAAGGAUCGAAUCAAGAGUGGACUCAGUAUGGAUUUAGGUCGACAUGGGUUAUUUGGAAAGAAAAACAAAAGCAAAAAGAACAGAUACCGUGCAUUUGAUAGUGAUGGCGAUCUAUCAGACGAUAGUGAAGACUCAGACGAUGACAGUCAAGCACCCGUUCUAAAGCGGGUGACAGUGAUUAUGGAGACUAUAGAGAUUGUCAAAAGUAGAACUUAUUUUACAUGUUGGUAA